ACCGGAAGGUGCCCUUAAAAAACGUGGCGGCACUUGAGCUUCACUACGGCUACCUCAAUAACUCAAGAAACCUGGAGCAGCCUUCGGCCACUGAUUGCCCUUCAAGAAAUGACGCCAUCCUGUCCACUUCGGUUGAUAGAGGAUUGCGAUCUCUGCCCUCAACUAUAAUGGCGGCGCUGCCCAAUUCGGCUCCUUGCCCCUAGAGAUGAUGGCCGCCGAAGCGACUUCACUUCGCUUCUCACCACUCCGGAAGACGGGGAUUGUCGAUUGGGCGGUGCCCGAAGGCUCCAAGAACAAGGUCCUCGGCGGUUGGGCAGGGUUGGGUAAGACUAGUUUUAAAGGAGCCGGGGGUGGGAGCCGUCGAAGAUCCGGGAUCCACGGGAGGCGGCGCCCGCCUGGCCGGCCGCGUCUGUGCCGCCAGCCACUGUCCCGAGCAGCGUUAUGGGGAGCCGGGAGCCCGAAACGGCCGAGGCUGCAGCCCCUGGGGGCCCCUUCGCCCCUGGAGAAGGCCUCUCGGCGGGUCCUGGCCGUGGUGCUGGAAGAUGUCAUGGCUGCCCACAUGGUCCCCUUGGUGCCCCAAGAGAUUUCUCCCCCUCGGCACCACAGCAACCCUCGGGAUUCUGCCCGCAGCCAGCCGCCUGCCUUGCCGUCCCCACAGGCCAUGUGGUCCCCACAGGCCAGGUCUCCGGACCCUCUGCACUUGCGCCGAGAGCCCUUGAGCCGCAUCCACCGGCCCCCUACCAUCCUGAGGCGGCGACCAAAGACAACCCCUGGCCCCGAGGAGAGCCCCUCACAAAGGGAGGACCGGGCCCACCAGCCCACCCUGGUGGUGAUGCUGGAAGACAUUGCUGGCCGUAGACCCCCAGCGGAGGUACGGAGACUUCAGGGCUCCACUGCUGAGACUCCUAACUUCAUCAUCCCCACACGAAGAGCUGAGCCCAUGACGAUGAUUCGCCAGCCCAUCCUUCCGCCCAGGGACCUGGAACUGCCAUUCCAGCCGCUGGCCCUGCCCACAGACCCUCCAGAGAGUGCACCACCAGCCCCAGAUCCUGCUCUGGAACCCCCAUCAACCCUAACACCGUCCAGCCUUUUACGUCCCCGCCUCAGUCCCUGGGGCUUGGCCCCCCUCUUCCGUUCCGUCCGCUCCAAGCUGGAGAGCUUUGCCGACAUCUUCCUCACACCCAACAAAGUUCCCCGGCCCCCGCCCCCGCCCCCUCCCAUGAAGCUGGAGUUGAAGAUUGCCAUCUCAGAGGCCGAGCAGUCCGAGGCUGCUGAGAGUGCUACGGCUGUCAGUCCCCGGCCCCCUAUCCGCCAGUGGCGGGCCCAGGACCACAACCCCCCAGCUCUCCCCGCUAAGCCCUCUCUGGGCCGAAGCCACUCCUGCCCCAAUCUGGGGCCCCCCAGCCCAGGCUGCACCUGGCCCCUUGUCCCACCCCACCCAAGCCGGCCCCGGCCCCGGCGGCACACUGUGGGUGGUGGGGAGAUGGCCCGAGCCACACCACCCUCUCGGCCCUGUCUCCGGAAAGAGGUCUUCCCUCUCGGAGGAGUGGGAGCCUCCCCUCCCCUUGUCACAUCUUGCUCGUCCACUGCGUCCACCUCCUCCUUCUCCGAGCCUGCAGACCCCAGGUUGGGCUCGCCCCAAGGGAAGGAGUCAAGGGCCCCAGAGGACCAGGGGCUUUCAGACCCUGAGACCAAGAACAUGGGUAAGGUUUCUCGAUUCAGAAUACGCAGGACCCCGGCCCGGCCUCAACUCAACCUUACGCCGAUGGGGCUGCCCCGACCAAUCAGGUUGAAUAAGAAAGAGUUUAGCUUGGAAGAAAUUUACACCAACAAGAACUACCAAUCUCCCACAACCAGGAGGACCUUUGAGACCAUCUUUGAGGAACCCCGGAUGCGCAACGGGACUCUGAUCUUCACCAGCUCAAGGAAGCUCCGGAGGGCUGUUGAGUUUCGGGACAGCAGCCUUCCUCGCUCCCGGCGGCCCUCCCGUGGAGUCCGGGCUGCAGCUGGCAGGACCCUUACUUCCAACCUGGCUCCCAGCCUGGAUGUGGGACCCCUGCUGCAGCAGCGGCUGGAGGAGCUGGAUGCUUUGCUCCUGGAGGAGGAGGGGGAGGAAGUUGAUGGGGAGCGGCCCCAUCGGACCUAGGCGCUCCAUCUGUUUGUCCGUCCGUCCAUCCAUCCUGAAGGGGGAGGGGAGAAGCCUGUUUGCGGCAGUUAUAUUUUUUUCUCUAUAUUUCUAGUAAAGUUUUCAAUAUGUU